AUGGGUGUUCCAUCGUUCAUGUCUCAACUCAAUUCCAUCAUUAAUUCUCUCUAUCAACAAGAACACAUUGGUGCUCGAUAUCAACAAAUUAUUUCCAAUGUUACCAAUGAAAGAAAGAAUAAUGUAAAGAAAGGUUCAAGCCAAAGUAGUAGUAGUAGUUCUACUAUAUUUGAUUGUAUCUAUAUUGACAUCAAUCCAUUAAUUCAUGGUGUGGUUCGAGGAGUUCAAAAUUCCAUCGAUGCAACCAAUAGUAGUACUACUGAAACUAGUCAUUCUAAAAAAUCAUCUUCUCAAAAUAAGAGUGAAAGUAGUAGUAGUCAAAAAGAUUCUAAAAAAUCAUCCUCUUCUCGACCACAAGAUUCUAAAAAAUCAUCUUCUCAAAAUAAGAGUACUACAACUGACAACACUUGUGAUGAUAAAAUUGUGAGAGGUGUCAUUAAAAGUCUUGAAGAAGUCAUGACUAAUUUUAAGGCUCAAACUCAUUGGUUUAUAUCUUUUGAUGGAGUUGCAACAAAAUCAAAAAGAAUUAAACAACGAAGUAAUAGAGCUAAAGAAUCUAAAAAGAGAAAUGGAGAGAAGAAAAAUAUGUCGUCUAGUGAUUCUGUAGAUAUCACUGAGAAUCAUCAUAAUCCUGUAGAUAUUCAUACCAAUAAUCCUGUAGAUAUGAAUCAUACCAAUGAUCCUGUAGAUAUCAGUGAGAAUCAUACCAAUCAUCCUAUGGAUAUCACUGAGAAUCAUACAAAUGUACCCAAUGAUGAAAUCAUGUUGGAUUUAGCAGAUGAAGAAAUGAGUGAUGAUGAAAAUAAUGACAAUGGCACACUACCACAACUGUGA